AUGAUUCUUCAGAAUCUUUUUUAUCAAUCAUUAUCAGCAACCGAAGGUUCAUUAUCAGCUGAUUAUGGUCGUAUAUCAAAUAUGCCUGAUGAUUCCAUUUUUGUAACAGCUGCUUCAACUCUUACUGAUUGUAUUCGUCAAUGUGUUGAUUUUGAACGAGAUUUAGAUAUAUAUGUAUUUGAUCAAUGUUUUGCUUAUAAUUAUCAAAUUGAUCAAUAUACAUGUGAACUUAUACAUUCUGUUAAACAAAUGAAUUAUACAGUUGGUUUUCAAACACGAUGGAUAACUGGUCUUAAAUAUUGA